CAAUCAUGUUCAAACAGGGGCGGUCUUAAGACCUUAGACCCGGUUAGACUAUAAAUACCGUCUCGCUCUCCCUCCACUUGCAUUUAGAGACAAGCGACGUGUCAGAGAGAAGCACGAUUUCAGCGGAAAUCAGAGCACAACGUUGUAAAAAAUGGCUCGUACCAAGCAGACUGCUCGUAAAUCCACUGGAGGAAAAGCACCCAGAAAGCAGCUGGCAACCAAAGCGGCCAGGAAAAGUGCGCCAUCUACCGGUGGAGUGAAGAAGCCCCACAGAUACAGGCCAGGUACUGUUGCUCUGCGUGAGAUCCGUCGGUACCAGAAAUCCACUGAGCUUCUCAUCAGGAAGCUGCCUUUCCAGCGUCUCGUCAGGGAAAUUGCCCAGGAUUUCAAGACAGACCUCCGUUUUCAGAGUGCAGCUAUUGGUGCCCUACAGGAGGCCAGCGAGGCUUACUUGGUUGGACUGUUUGAGGACACCAACCUGUGUGCCAUCCAUGCAAAAAGGGUCACAAUCAUGCCCAAGGACAUCCAGUUGGCCAGGCGAAUCAGGGGAGAGCGUGCAUAAAUGAUGCGUUUUGAUCUUUUUAACGGGGUGGGUGGGAUAGUAGAGGUUUAGGUCAAGGGAUGUUUAAAUGGGAUGUUUUUUGUAAAUUUCAAACUAUUACCAGCAUGUGUGGUUUUUUUAUUUGUAGUUUGAGGCAUGUUCUUUUUUGUACGUGUCAUUUCACUUUCUCUCAAAUAGUCCCAUGCAUUAUAGACUACAGCUUCUCUGUAAAAUGAUCAGUGUUUCAUUCCUUUCUUUGCAAACAGUCUAUCUGCAAUCCUGUGUGCAUGUCAUGGGGUUUGUCUUGUAAAUAAACUUUCUGCUACCUCA